GAAGCAGGAAGCAGCCCAAGAGCAACAGCUGUCAACACCACCAAAUCAGGCCGGCCUACUCGUUUUGACUGGACCAUGAGCAGCGGUACAUCCAUCCUUGCCCUUCAUACUCGCAGCUCAUCUUCCAGAUUUCCGCACGCCAGAUUCGCGUCGCCCGAGACCCGCAAAAGCGAGGACCGCAUCUGAUCCAUAUUCACGCGAUGUAAGGCCCGCUCUCUUGCAUGCUACGACCCUCUCUAACGCGUUCAGCAGGGCUCAAGUAUCUCUUCUAGAUUCGGCUCACAUGGCAACCUACCACCCGGAGGACCGCGACGCUCCGCACCACCCUUGAGUAUGGGCGACUUUCGAAUGAAACCCUCCUACAGGCCUUCAUCUGGCCUCGGCAGUGCCAAUCCCCUAUACGAUCUCCUCGACUCGGAUCGCAGGCCUGGCUCGAGACGGCGAGGACGAUCACGUUCACGCUCCCCACCACCUUCGCGGAGAGGCGAUCGUGACUUGAUGUCGGAGUUGAGAAUGCGUGAUCCUCACAGCGGUGACUUGCUACGGCGUAAUUCAGCACCUGCGAGGCAACUUGAUCAGAAUGAUUUGUUGCGUUCAUCACAGUCUGGACGGGUGGAAUCAGCUGCGUCUCGACCUGCUGCAAAAGAUGCUGUGCGGGAACCACCUAGAGGCACUGGCGGGCCUGCUGCAUCGAAAGUAAGCAAGGUGAGCAAUGCAAGUGCGGACAAGGGCGAGACGAAAGUAUCCAGUUCCGUCUUGGCAGGUGCGAAUGCACCGGUCUACUCGGCAAAGCCCAUGAAGACCAAAACCUUGUCUAUUCGCGGAGUGAGCUCAACGAGUGUGCAAAUUCAAAAUCUCGCACCGGGAACGACACUGCGGGAUAUACAAUCUGCAAUCAAGUCAGAGGUCGGGGUGGAUGUGGACCCAAAGGACUGUCAUGUGUUUGCAGUGAAGGGCGGUACGUUCUGCGUUGCAGAGAUCAAGUUCCAGGAUCGCAAGACGGCACUCAAGACGAUUGAUGCAUUUGAUAAUGCAGUGGCAGAUGGCUAUAAACUGGAAGUCUCGUUGUUGCUGGAUUCGCCCGAGUACGAAGCGGUCCGCAAUAUGUCCACCGUCUCAGGGACACAGCACGUCGGCGGUGGCCAGUCGGGUACUUGGUAGGCAGCUGAUCAUCGUAGAGCAGACUCAGGCAGCCGACGAGCAGAUGCUCUUUGUACUUUGGUAUCCUGAUGGGCCUGUGCGUCUUCCUUAAUCUCGCACCGCACAGACCACGAUCACGACCCAACGACGCCCGUUUGUGCUUUCAUGGCUCUUGCCAACAUCAAAGCGAUGGGCCCAGACAAGCUCCCUCUGCGCUUAUACGCAUGCUCUGUAAAUCUCUAGCUGCAAGCCACUCGGCCAGCUGGCAAACACAAUCAUCCCGGUCUGUGCGAGAAGAUGACCU